AUGUCGGCAAAUAUUGCUCCCCCCGCGGAGCCACGGCCACCACGUCUUACUUUCGGCGUUGAGAUGGAAUUUCUAGUUCCUUGGCUGCUCGAGGGCGGCGACGAUGCCCUCGAACAUAUCAAAGGUCUACCUCCGGUCAUUAGGAUAAAGGAGGUACCAAAGGAUGGAAACGUUGAGCGAGUGAUUCACGGGAUGAUCAAGGCUCUCUUCGAGAAGCACAACCUUCCAACCAAUAUUAAAAGUCAUACAUAUAUGUAUAAGACCGAUUUUAUCAAAAGCAUACUUGGCAAUUAUAACCAUUGGGGAGUUACGGACGACGUUACCGUCAACGAACCCUUCGAAGCCAAAACCUUUGAUUGGAUUGAAAAGUUUCGAUGGGUGGGCGUCGAGGUUCAGUCUCCUGUCGAGCCAGAUAUUCCUGGUGCUUUCGAAGUUCUUAAUUACGCUCGACAGCUUCUAACCUCGUCGUAUAGGUGUCGUGUCAACCAUUCCUGUGGACUUCAUGUUCAUGUUGGAAACGGUGGCGAGUACUUCCCUCUCGACUCUAUGCGACGCAUUGCUUCGCUAGUAUUUGCUACGGAGCAUUUGCUUACCACCCUCAAUCACCCCUGGCGGGUAGCGAACUAUAACUGCCGAACAAUGCGGGAUAGGAGUAACUUAUCAAAUCUGUUAGCCGGUCAAGCAAUGAGCCCUGGCCCGAUGCACGAAGCUGAUCCCGCAAGAGAUUGUAUCCGGUAUCUUGCCACGGAGGUCCGACACGGAGAGGAGCCGAUAUCCUGGAGGGAGGAGCAUCGAGCGAAUAAGUAUGUGGAUGAUUUCGAGGAACAUAGGAAGAAGAGUGGCUUUGAACCUUUCCAGCCAAAGCCGGAUACUAAGGAGGAGGAAGCACCAAAAGAGGAAAUAGGAGCAAACGAAAAGACGGCAGGGGAGAAAGAAGAGGAAAAGAAGGUAAUCAAAGCGUCUGAAGAUCCGUUCAGCCAGCCUAUCGAGCCCAACAAGCCCGUCCGCACACGAAAUAUUCCAAGAAUCGUAAGGCCGCGCUAUACCAACGAGCAGCUCGAAGACAUGACCGAAAAGUCAAGAGACUUCGGUUGCGCCGGUCUCUACUUCGAGGGCCCACGUUCCCAGCGAGCGCCAGACCCAGGCGUAUUCGCAGGCGUCCAGCAGAUCUACCAGAGCGCAAGCAGCUGCGAAAUCGCGCACCUCAUGUAUCCCCGCGGCGCGUCCAUGGUGAACUUCCGGCACUACGCGUGCGAUUCGUUCCUGCGCCACUACCAAGGGCGCACGAUCGAGUUCCGCGGAGCCGAGGGCAGUCUUAGCUCCUGGGUGGUGACCUGGGCGAAGAUCUGCGUGGGCCUGGUUAAAUUCGCCAUUCGAUCGCCGUAUCACGAGUUCGCUCGCGUCCUGGAGAACUGCGAUGCUUCUACGGACGAAGAUGGCGCGUAUGACUGCAUCGACUUGCUUGAUGAUCUGGGACUCUACGCGGAGGCAGAGGCUGCUGAGAAGAGGAUCGCGGCGAAGAAGGUGGAAUGGGGUCUUGAGUACGUGGAGAAGAAGGCGGCUUGAAUAAUUGCUUAGUAUACCGUGAUUACCUUUUGCUUUCUCCUUUUCUCUUUCAUUGGCAUUGAUCUUUAG